ACGUCCGAGCUCUGUCCAGUUCCGGUGGCUUGGCUGUGUGUUUUAGGAGGCAGCCGGGGCGUUAUUGUUCAUUAAAGUACCGUCGUUUACAAUGGAGAACGCAAAACUUCAGGGUUUUAAGAGCUUUUUGACUGAACACUUCACCGCGCUGGCCGUGGAGGUGUUCGGCGAGGUUGAGAGCAUGAUGGAGUCUUGCUACGAAGAAAACAAACGGCUGAGGAGCAUACUGCACAUGGUGCUGAGCCCCGAAAUAAAGUUACCCCGGAUAGAUGCCAGUCUGUACACGGGAUCAACCGCUGUUACCGCAAGGCAACGCUCGGAGCCAAACACAACGCCGGAGCUUGAAAGAUCAGAGCCGCUGAGCACGGAACCGAAGGAAGAGAAGAUUGAAUAUGAAAUUAGCUGGGAAGCAGGACAGCAGGAGUGGCCAGAGGGGGAGGAAACCUUCCAAAUUGCAGUUUGUGUCAAAGAUGAUCCAGAUGAGGAAGAGGAAAAAAUGUCCGUCAUCACAGAGACGGACAGAGAAGUGGCUGAGCCUCGCCUGCAGUCGACAACCACCGGCCCAGCUUAUAACAAUGGAAGUGAACAGGAAGGCUGUUCGUCCCCCGAGGUAGAUGAAGCAGCACACUCUUCGUUCCAAGUCCUAAAUGAAGAUGGCACGAGCCUGCAAACAAAUCCCGAGACUACAAGUACAAAUCCUGGCGUGGUGAUCAAGAAAAAGAGGACUGGCGCUGCCACCUACAACUCAAGAUUCAACCCAAAGUGGGAGGAGCAGUGGCCGUGCAUCACGGCCGGAAGCACACCGUUUCACUUCUGGUGCACGGUGUGCAGGCGGGAGCUGGAGUGCAGGCACUCGGGCCGGGCAGAUGUUGUGCGGCACUUCAAAAGAGAUUACCACAUAAAGAAAUUACAAUUUUAUGAAAAACUUUUUGGAAGCUCGCUAAAACUGAAAAUGGCUGUGAUGCCACAAAUGGAUGAAAUGGACAAACUUGAAGCACAGACCAGAAGAGCCGAGGUUAAAGUGGCUGUCACCCUGGUGCAGCAUGACAUUCCUCUAGCAUUCUCAGAUCACCUCAGUCCUCUGUUCAAACAUUGCUUUCCGGACUCCAAAAUUGCCAGCAAAUACUCUUCAGCUCGAACAAAGACCACCGCCAUUAUAAAUAAAUGUGUCGCUCCUUAUCUGAUGAAUGAGAUGGCAAGAAAUCUCACCAAACAGCCCUAUUCUCUGGCCAUUGAAGGGUCCAACAUCAUAGGGAAAGAGAAGAUGAAACCCCUCACUGUUAAACUCUGGAGUCAUAAGGGAGUAGUCAAGAAUUUUCUCAACAUGGGUGUCACUAUGGCGGGCACAUCCACUGCUGACUCCAUGUGCAGAAAAAUUAAUGAAGCUCUUGAGUCCUAUUUUAUUCCAUGGACUAAUUGCAUUGCCUUGUCAGUGGAAGACCACAAGGUUGAUUUGGGAUCUGAAAAUGUCGGGAAAAUCAAACUUCUGGACCAGAAUCCUGCUGUGUACGUUCUAGGCUGGCCCUGCCAUAUCGUGCAUGAUAAUGCACGAGCCGCUAGCUUAGCGUAUUAUCAGGAAUCAGGCUUUGAUGUAGAAGACAUGUGCGCUGACCUUGGCUUGUGGUUCAGGUCCAACACAAACCAUCCAGAUGAUUUCCGUGUGUUUUGUGACGCACAGCACAUGGAGCUGUUGCAGAGUGUGAGCAUCAAGUGGCUUAGUCUGGAGCUCGCAGUCAAUCAUGUUCUGCGACUCUACAAACGCCUGAAAAUCUACUUCAAAUCUACCGAUGAAAAGCAGGCUCGUGGUGUACGGUUGCGUGCGAGGUUUGAAGCUCCAAUGACGGAGGUGCACCUACUGUUUUACCAAGCUCUUCUCCCAGUGUUUGUGGAGUUAAACCAGAUAUUCCAGAGGCAGGAUCCUUGUGUGCAUCUUCUCCACGGCCAGAUAAGAACCUUUAUCUGCAUGUUAAUGUCGAAGUUCCUCAAACCCGAGACAUUUAAAGAAACCAGCCCAGAAAAAGUCGGCUAUAAGGAUGGGGAAAACCAGCUUCCUGACUGUGAGCUUGAUCUUGGAUUAACAACAAGAGCUGCUCUGACCAGACUGAACGAAGCUGGUGAGAUCAGUGUUGGCGACGUCUCUGGAUUCUACCGAGCUGUGAGAUCUUUUCUUCACAAAGCCACAGAGUUCGCUCUGACCACACUUCCACAGAACGACCCUCUGUUGUCACACGCCGUGUUUGUUGACUUCAAGAAGAGGAGAGACUGCCGGUUGGAUGACGUUCUCUACUUUGUACGAAGGUACAAUCAUCUCCUUCCUUAUGACGAAGCUAAGGAAAAGAAUAACCUAGGAGAUGAGUUCUUGGACUAUCAAGCGAUGGAGGAAAGUGAAAUUCCUCCAACAGUAUGGAAGGAUGCUUUGGUCAGACAGAGCGAUGAUGGAGUCCCCUGUAACGAGCACCACCGUAUGGACGUCGUGUGGGCUUUUUUGAGCGACGUUAUGAGUGGUAUUACAAACACCCAGAGGUUCCCGAGGCUGACGAAGGUAGCCCAGCUUGUGCUUUGUCUACCUCACUCAAAUGCAGACGCAGAGAGAAACUUUUCUUUGAUCGGCCAUAACAAAACGGACACAAGGAAUAAACUUACACUCGAGGGCACACUGUCGUCUGUCAUGUGCAUUAAAAUGUCCAACAUAGAACCUUGCUUCAAGUACGAACCUCCAGCAGAGAUGGUCAGAAACUCAAAGUUUGCUGCAGUGGUUCACAACAAGAAGCGUUCAGUGAAAGAAGCUUGAAAACAUUUGUGGCGCCUCGAUGAGUGGAGCUGAACAUCGUUUCAGCAAAGCUUUCAGAACUACAGCUCUUCUGUGUCAUUUUUAACUAGGUAGAACAUCCAUUUUCUUAAGUUUCCUAAAUGAAGACUAGAACAUACUGCUCAAGAUGCAAAAUCAAACAACCUCAGAUUAAUAGUUACAGAUGGAUAGAAGCAAAUGCUGCCAAGCAGUAAAGUUAACAAAAAGGUGGAACUGAUCAAGUAGGGAAGGGAUUGCUUGCAGUGUAAAGUCACCAUGAAAAAAUGUAAAUUGUGGAUGAUGAAACAUGGGAUUCACUAGGAAUACAUUACAUGGUAUUGUUCAGGUAAACUUAGAUGAAUCUCUGUUAAUUUAAAUGUUUAUUUAACCUGGCCAGCCAGAUUGCAAGAAUCCACAAUUUAUUCUUUCAUAGAACAGCAAGAAGUGCCUUGACUAACUUACCUUCUUGUGGUUUCUCAUAGCAGCUGCUGCUUAUGUUUUAAUUUGAUACCGUGAUUGGCUAAAACCAACCUUUGGUAGGCGGGCACUAGUUGUCGCUUCACCCAAUCAGCUCAGAGAGUUCUGCUGAAUGACCUUCCUUUCCCCCAAACGGAUUCAAAUGGAGCAGCCCUGGAUUGAUAAUGUGCACAACUAGAGUGCAACACAUUAUCAAUCUGGCUGGCCAGGUUACUCGGUAUUGCCAUGUCUGGACCUGAGACCCGACUUUGGACUUUUGUGUCUUUACUUGGGACUUGACUCAAGGCUUUGGGGGAACGACUUGAGACUUACUUGUGACUUUCAAAACAAUGACUUUGUCCCACCUCAUGUCCGUGCUACAACUAACACCUACAUGAGAUGUUGACACAGAAGGCACGAAAAGUCCAUCCGACCUGCGAAAUAUAUUACUAGCAAGCCGGGUUUUAAUGUAAAUCACUUGAAAUACUAGCAUUGCAUCCAGGCAGUCCUUUGCCAUUGUAAUACAUAGAAAUUUUCACGAUGGCUAAGAGUCAUUAUAUUGUGUACCUCUAAUAUUGAUAGUUUUAAAUAAUUGUAUUUUUUCCCCUAUUAUAAUCCUAGUUCAGUUUAUAGUUUGUGUCAUUUUCCUCAUUAAAGAUGUAUCAAGGAUGUUUUUACUGGUUCCAGAUGGAACCAAAUCAAAGGUAUUAACUGUAAGAUUGCUAAUAUUUUCCUUGUCUUUUGUAUUUUUUUACUUCUUGUCUUAAAAGUGUACACAUGACUGUUUUUGUUUUUAUUUAAUUUAAAGACGUUGACUUGAGCUGUAUUAUACUUACAUGUAAAAGCGCAUCCUCCAGACUGUUUUAUUUAAGGUGUCUGUGGACAUGUUUACUAAGUAACUAUUCAAAUUAUGUCUAAAUCACAUUUAUUCUAAAGUA